GUGAAAAAAAAUAUAUAUAUAAAAGAAAAUUACAAGGAUUGGGUUGCAAAGCGCCAUUGUUUUAUUGGGGUGGGCUCGAGCAAUCGACUCUUUAGGCUAAACGCACAUGGCUGAGGCACUUUCAAGUCUAACCAGGGCGGAAGCAAAAGCAGAUCAAAAGGCAGAGGUAAGUAUCUAGUUAAAAGGCAGAAACCGACCCAAGAACCGAAAUGGAAAUCAGACGGCCGAAAACCAGAUCGAACAAACGAUCUAGUUAAAAAGCCCCGUUAGGAAAUUGGAUCUCCCAUUUCCCAGGCACCAAACAAUUAAAAUAACUAUUAAGUAGGAAGAAGAAGAAGAAAAAACUCCACAGCCUUUGAUCACCGAUCAGAAGGUGAUUUUGGUAGAAACAAUGAAUUUUCUGCUGCUGCGGUCCAAUCAACAAGUAACGCCAGAACCACCUCCAGUACCAGAAGAGGUGGCGGAGUCAACUUAUGUUUCUAAAUCUGUGACAACUUUGGAAGGGCUUAUGGUUGAAGAUUCAUUUCCAGAGUUUCCUACAGUUGAAACUCAUGAUGGAGAAACCAAUGGAUUUUUAGGCUCGAAUGCUGGUCUUGUGGGUGAUAAGAAUGCUUCUAUCCCUAAGAACCACACAGAUGUUUCUGAAGAAGAUGGAUGGAUCACUAUUCCAUAUAAGGAUCUCUCUGAUGAUUGGAAUCAUGCACCAGACAUACGUUCCUUGCGUUCCCUGGAUCGUUCUUUUGUUUUUCCUGGUGAACAAGUUCAUAUUCUAGCAUGCUUAUCAGCGUGUAAUCAGGAAACAGAAAUUAUUACCCCAUUUAAAGUUGCUGCAGUGAUGAGUAAAAAUGGAAUGCGAAAGGGCACUGUGAAACAAAAUGGAAAUAUGGAGGGUGAGACAAAUUCAGUGCCUGGAGGAGGGGAAGUGAAUCCUAAUGGUGCCGUAAUGGAUCAGAAUGGUGAAAACUUAGAGAAAGAGAAGAUUGAUCCAGCAAAGGAUGUCUCUGCUAGUGAAUCAUUCCUUAGGAUGGAAGAUCACAGAAGACAGACUGAAGCACUAUUGAAGAGGUUUAAGAACUCUCAUUUCUUUGUCAGGAUUGCAGAGUCAGGUGAGCCUUUAUGGGUGAAAAAAGGUGCUUCCAUGACAGUUCCUGAGUUGCCUGAGAUGGAUAGUCAACAGUGUGUUGCAAAUAAAACCAAAAACACUGCCAAGAAUAUAUCUAGCCUGAAUGUAGUUAUUGAUAGAGGAAAUUUUGAUGCCAAUGUUUCCGGUGGACUAGCUAGAGAUACUGUUAAGUGUUGCUCUCUUUCCAAUGGAGACAUAGUGGUAUUUUUACAAGUGAAUGUUGGUGUUGAUUUUCUGAGAGAUCCUGUCAUUGAAAUUCUUCAGUUUGAGAAAUAUCAGGAUAGAAACCUUUCUUCUGAGAAUCAGGACAACUUAGUUUAUUCAAAUCAAGACCAAUGUGGAGAAUUGUUGAAAUGGUUGCUUCCUUUGGAUAACACAUUGCCUCCACCUUAUACUUUAUCUCCUCCUUCUCCUUCCUUAGGUUCUGGUUCUGGAAUUGGUAGCAUAUCUCAGAGGUCAGCCUUUUCUGGCUCCCCUGGCUCUCAGCUCUUUUCUUUUAGUCAUUUUAGAAGCUACUCCAUGUCAUCGCUUCCUCAAAAUGUUGCACCUCCUCCUGGACCUGUUAAGGCCCAAAGUUCUAAACCAUCAUUUGACCUUGAUGAGGUGGCUCAUAACUCUUCUCAGAAGAUUUUGAAGAUUCAAAGAACAGGGAUUGAAGAACUUUUAUCUUUUCGGGGUGUGACACUAGAGCGAGAAAGAUUUUCUGUCCGUUGUGGAUUAGAGGGAAUCCAUAUCCCAGGAAGAAGAUGGAGGAGGAAACUUGAAAUAAUUCAACCUGUUGAGAUCCAUUCUUAUGCUGCCGACUGUAAUACAGAUGACCUUGUUUGUGUUCAGAUAAAGAAUGUUUCUCCAGCACAUAUACCAGAUAUUGUAGUAUAUAUUGAUGCUAUAACAGUUGUUUUGGAAGAGGCUUCAAAAGGUGGACCUCCUGCUUCCCUACCAAUUGCAUGUAUUGAAGCUGGAGACAACCAUAGUUUGCCAAAUCUAGCUCUCAGGAGGGGUGAAGAGCACUCUUUUAUUUUAAAACCAGCUUCUUCUAUGUGGAAGGACCUCAAAACUUAUGGAGAAAAGUCUAAAUCAUCCGGUUUAGAACCCUCUUCUAAGACUGUCGAUAGUAAGGCGAGUGCUUCAACUGUUAACCACCAUGCAAUUAUGGUAUCAUGCCGUUGCAACUAUACUGAGUCAAGAUUGUAUUUCAAGCAGCCAACAAGUUGGAGACCACGUUUUUCAAGGGAUCUUAUGAUCUCAGUUGCAUCCGAAAUUUCAGGACAAUAUUCUGGACCCAAUAAAAGAGUCACCCAGCUUCCAGUUCAGGUCUUAACGCUUCAGGCUUCAAAUUUGACACCUGAAGAUCUAACUAUGACAGUUCUUGCUCCAGCCUCCUUUACCUCACCGCCAACCGUAGUAUCUUUGAAUUCUUCUCCAACAUCACCAAUGAGCCCAUUUGUUGGGUUUUCUGAGUUUUCAGGGAAAGAGAGUAGUGUGAGGCACAUUAGUUCAUUGCAUUUACUGAGCUCAAUGCCCAUUACAUCAGAGAAUGAGAAACAGAAUAGUGAUGCUGGGGCUAGGUUUACUUCUUUCAAUGAGCAGUUGACUCCAAUAGCUGAUUUCAUUCCAACUUCUGGCUUGGGAUGUAGUCAUCUCUGGCUGCAGAGUAGAGUACCACUCGGAUGUGUUCCUGCUCAAUCUACGGCUACCAUUAAGCUUGAGCUACUUCCACUGACUGAUGGCAUAAUCACUCUUGACACUUUACAGAUUGAUGUUAAGGAGAAAGGUCUUACAUAUAUCCCUGAGCACUCACUGAAGAUAAAUGCGACUUCUAGUGUCUCUACAGGGAUUAUUUAGGAUGGAUUGCGACUUGUGUUUCAUACUUCAUGUUAUCUUUGGUCAUCAAGGAUUUCAAAGUGAUGGUAAUUUUGUCAUCUAGUAUAGUGACAUAUUCUGCAGAAUUUUUGGUACCAAGGUAGAUAUCUUCCGGUGUUGAGCAGAAAAGGAAUCUGUCUUGCUAAUUCGUCAGAAAAAUACAGCCACAAAUCAUUUCCUGUAAACUGCAUUCUUGAGGAUGGUAUUUGUUAUAUACCCCUUUGAUGGGGGAAAUAAAUGUUUUUUGUAGAUGAAUCUAGAGGUGUGAAAGUGUACCAGUUGGAAAGAAACCACAAGACCUGAGUGCUUUAUAGAUAAUCAGGCCACACAAAACUGUGUUAGGAUCCAUAGACAUCCAUGUUACAGUUCCAAAAUGGUGAAUUUGUAAUCCUUCGAUAUAAUGACUGCUAUAACUUAUUUGAGACGGCAGCAACUCUUGGUUCAUGAAUAGCUCAAAUGGCUGGAAGUUUGCAGAUCAAAAAGAGGAAUGAUGGUACUUUUUACAUUGAAUUGUUUAUAAUGUAUAAGAGAUUAACUACGUUGUCUCUGUUCCGCGUCUGUCAUUUUGAUUACUGAUCAUAGAAUUCGGACUCCAAACUUCUGUUUUCCACGGUUAUGUUUUGCAUUUUUCCUUUUUCCGUUCAUAUGAUGGCAGGAUUGCCGAGCUCUCGAUCCAAGCUUGAAGCUGAUACCAAUGAGACGUCGAGUGUCAAGUGCGACGGGGCUUACGAUUUAAUCUUGGUUUGACAACUAAAACUGAUAAUUUUCUAUUUCAGUUGGAAACUAGCGAUCAUAAUAGCCU